AUGUAUGUUAAUAUUUUAUGGUGAUGAAUAAUAGACUUGUUCAUCCAGUUGCACUUUCAGCACUUUCUUCAUUUGGAAUGAUACGAAUGUUUGUGGAGUGUCAAAAAUAAGAGUAGACAGCGCAGCCCAUACGUCAUUGUCGUCGUCUAUUGUCAUCGUUCUAUUGGAACUCAUGUCGGUUGACAGAUAGCGUUUCCUACUUGUAAAAUAUUUACGCCUGACAAAUAACAUAUAAUUGUUAAGUUUGGUCUCUUGUCACCACGGGCGCGGAACAGUCAGCCAUGUCCAUCUCUCAGAUGGAAAAAAACUUAUUCAACCUGAAGUUUGCAGUGAAGGAGUUGGAGAGAAAUUCGAAAAAAUGCGAGAAAGAGGAAAAAAUAGAAAAAGCCAAGAUCAAGAAGGCGAUACAGAAGGGUAACAUGGAGGGUGCUCGGAUCCAUGCAGAGAAUGCAAUUCGGCAAAAGAACCAAGCCUUGAAUUAUCUCAGAAUGAGUGCCAGAGUGGAUGCAGUAGCCAGUAGAGUACAGACUGCACUGACAACUCGUAAGGUGACACAAUCCAUGGCUGGUGUUGUUAAAGCUAUGGAUGCAGCUAUGAAAUCAAUGAAUUUGGAAAAAAUCUCAGGACUCAUGGACAAAUUUGAAAGUCAAUUUGAAGAUCUAGAUGUACAGAGUUCAUACAUGGAAAAUGCCAUGUCACAAACAACAACUACGAAUGUACCUCAGAAUGAUGUAGAUACUUUGAUGCAGCAAGUUGCAGAUGAAGCAGGUUUGGAACUAAAUAUGGAACUACCAUCUGGUCAGCUGAGCAGUAUUGGUACUUCCACAGCAGUCAGCCAGGAGCAAGAUGAGCUGACGCAGAGAUUGGCACGACUCAGGGAGUAAUGACAGUUUACUUUAAUAUGUUCGUUAAUAUAUUUGUCAAUAUAUAUUUUGCAAUUCAGAUGGUUUACAAAAUAUAUAAUAUAAUUUCUAAUUGCUAUAACACCACACAUUAUAGUCUGUGGUUUGUAAGCUGGAUGCUGGACUUUAGGUACAUGAAAAAGAUAUAAAAAGUCCUUAAAUUUAUAGUGAUUUAGUGCAUUACAUACUAGGCUUUAAUAAAUAUUAAGAGACACUAAAGAAUAAUUUCAAU